AUGGGUUCUUUACCAGCAGAUAUGGAUACAUCAUCUGACCCCUCAAACUUUCGCUUUGAGUGUCCGCAGGUUGACAAUUCAGAAUAUGUCGAGGCCUACGAAACAGGAGGAUUGCACCCGGUCCAUCUCGGCGAUCGUUACGACAACGAUCGAUAUCGCAUAGUCCACAAGAUUGGUUUUGGAGAUAACUCAGUCAUAUGGCUUGCUCGAGAUUCUGUCCUCUCUAGCUGGGUAGCUCUCAAAAUCGUGAGAGCUGACCAAUCCUACAAGAUUGAGAGAGACAUGGUCGCAUACCAUCACGAAGACGGCCACGGUGGUCCAUCGGAUAUGAUUAACAUGAUUGAAAAGUACCUCGGAGAAAUACCAGAGUCUUGGUUAGAGCCGCCGCUAUAUGACGAGUACGACGGCCGACCGACGUGGAACAUGGGACACAGUUGGCAAAGGGCGACACCCGAUACUUGCUCGAGUCGCUCACUGAAGCAAUGGAUCAGCUACAUUCAGGACAAGCCGAAAGAUCUAGACGAUAAUGAAAACUCUCCAGACGUUGUAUCCUAUGAGGACGACACACACGUUCAGAGCGGCGACUGGCUAGAAAGCGACAUUGCUGCCGUCGUCAAUGUAGUAGACCCCGUCUACGGCUGGGAUCACCACAAGGAGGAGAGACCCUAUCCAGAACACCACAGCGACUGGUUUUGGAAACCAUCUGCAAUCAAGAUCAACGGCGAGCCCCUUCACAAGACGGAGGACCCGGAUGCAAUGAUGGCAUUGUUUCCAAAGAUUUCAGCCCGGGAAGUCGAUCUUCUUUAUGAUCUGGUCACCAGAACCUUCAAGUAUGAACCUGCGGAGCGUAUUAGUGCCUACGAUAUGAUUGAACUGUCACUGGGACCUUACUUUGGAUACUGGACAGGAGUAGGAUUGUCUUUUGGCGGUUAG